UCCUGUUCCUUCAGAAGCAUAAAGAUGGCAGCACUAACAAAAAGAGGAAUUCCUUUAUGCUCAAUCAGUCCACAGUAUCUGCACUCAAACUCCACAAGCCACACCUGGCCCUUUGGUGCCAUAGCAGAACUGAUUGACAAUGCUUAUGACCCAGAUGUCAGUGCAAAAAAAAUCUGGAUUAAUAAAACAGAGGUCAAAGGUCUGGACUGCCUCACCUUCACAGACAAUGGAAAAGGCAUGGACUAUGAAAAGAUGCACAAAAUGCUCAGUUUUGGCUUCAGUCAUAAGGAGGCAGUAAAAGGUCAUGUUUCCGUGGGUCUUUAUGGUAAUGGUUUUAAGUCGGGCUCCAUGCGCUUGGGGAAGGAUGCCAUAGUGUUCUCAAAGAAUGGCGAAACCAUGUGUGUGGGGCUCCUGUCACAGACUUAUCUCGAGGAGAUAGGAGCACAGGAUAUUAUGGUGCCUAUUGUCAUGUUUACCCGCACAAAACAGACUGUCAGUCCUGCACCGGAGCAUGUAGAGAGUCUCUCUGAUAUCCUGAAACAUUCUCUCUUUAACACCAGUGAAGAACUGCUCUCUCAGUUCAGAAUCAUUGACAGGUUGUACCCCAACUCAAGUGGAACCCAUAUCAUCAUCUGGAACCUACGCAGAAGAUCUUCAGGAGAAUUAGAAUUUGACUUCAAGAAGAACCCCUAUGAUAUCAAGAUCCCUGUUGAUGUGUACACGAAAAACAGGGAGACGCCAAAGCGGGAGGCAGCAGGUGGUGUUUUAGUGCCUGAGAGUGAAUAUUCACUGCGGGCAUACUGCAGUAUCCUGUACCUGAAGCCAAGAAUGCAGAUCAUCCUUCAAGACCUGGAGGUGGAAACCCUUUAUUUCCCAGACAUUCUAGCAGAGGUUCACAUGGACACAUACAAGCCUGCUUGUUUUACAAAGGGAACGAAAAUCAUAUUUGGCUACAACACAAAGAGCAAAGAACAUUAUGGAUUGAUGAUGUACCACAAUAACCGCCUCAUCAAAGCUUAUGAGCGUGUCCCCUGUCAGCGCAAGGCCGACAACACAGGAGAGGGAGUUAUCGGGGUGAUAGAGUGUAACUACCUCAAACCAACACACAAUAAGCAGGACUUCGAUGAUACUGAAGACUACAGGAACACCAUGACGAAUGUAAGUAAAAAGCUAAAGGAUUACUGGGGGAAAAAUUGUUAUAACUGGACUGGAACCUUUAAGGAUACUGUCAAGCUAACCCAGAAGUCUCAGCAUGAGAAUAGACAACAUGUCAUGCAGAGCAGUGAUUCCUCUUCUGUUAAGUUUCCUAAAAGGAAGAAGAAAACACUGAACCUGAAUCAAAAGAACCCAGAGAAAAAGAAAGCUAGAAGAAAAGAAGACAGUCGCGUAAAAUCUACACAGCACCCCCACACCAAACAUCAGAGCCCUUCUAGCCCCAAGUCAUCCUGCCAAACGACACCCAGGUCUGCCCUUCUUUCGUCUUCUCACACAGGGGCUGGCUCCAGACCUUCUGGUAUCACUUCAGUUGUCACUUGGGACACUCCUGUCCCUUCUACUCCUACAAGGAAGAGAUCCAAAGACCUAAAUCAAAAGAACCAAAAUCAAAAGAAAGCUAGAAGGAAGAGUUUUUAUAACAUACCAAGUAGUUCAUCUGAAGAACAGCAAAACUAUGAAAUUCAGUACCAGCAGAUGAUAAAGCAGCUCCAAAAUAAGGUUGACAGUCUAGUAGAUGAGAGGCGCACAUUGUUAACCUGCUAUGAGAGACUGCAGAAAGAUUCAGAAGAGAUGAAGAAAGAAAAGGUGAAGGUAAGUGUAGAAGAUCAAGGGGUCCAGACAGAUUUUCCUAUUUCCUCUCAUGAAGAAAGUGCAGCAACUUCAGCAGAAGCCUCCAACUCAGGAACAGGAAGAAACUUUGAUACACAGCAGCAUGAGACACAGGACCGACCAGAGAUCGGACAAGAAAACAAUAACAUGCAGUCAUGCAGCCUCAGAUUAAGAGAACUCAGACAAAGAGUAGCCCAUCUCCUUGUCGCCUUCGUCCCUGCGCUGGACCUUCAGCAGGUGAACUACGAUUGCGAAGUCAUUGAUGAGAUUCUCACUCAGGUUAUAGAUCAAAUCUCCCCUACAGAGGCAACCUCUACAUAGAAACAGUGGUGACCAGAAGAAUACAAUAUUUUCAGGCACAUUAAUCAUUUGGUUGUUUAAUGCAAAAUUACCUAACACACAACUUCUUAAUAUGCCUGUGUCUUACAUAUACUGUUUUGAAUUUUUCUUGACCAAACUUGAAUGUUUUCAUUGUUUUCAGUGUGAUGGGAUAACCAGAAAAACAGAGUGAGGUUUAAGCAACUACUGCCUUUUAUUAUUAAUUAAUACAUUGUUUAUCUUUGUUUAGUUUUCCUUUUAAUUUCUUGUAUUUAAAAUAAAAAAUAUAUAUAUUUUGUGUUUUAGAUGAAUGUGCAAAUUAUGGUUUUAGAUGGUGGUAACAUAUUCAGCUUAUGUAUAGGCUUUAAGGCUUCCAUUUUUUUCUAUUUUGAUUUUCUUUUGAAUCAGCUGUUUUCAAAUUCUAUGCUUAAAAUUAAUGCUGUCAUACUUCAAUGCUGGGUCACAUUUAAAUGAAACAAAAUGGAAGCUGUAUAAUUAGUUGCACAUAUAAUGCACUAUAAUAUACUUUACAUAUUCAGGCCCAUAUUUACGAUGAGCCCACAUAAAGAAUUCCAAUUUGUGUGUGCAUACAGGAUGUGGACAUGUUGUAUGUCAUUUACAGAAAUAUAAACUACAGUGGUGCUUGAAAGUUUGUGAA